UCCAAGGAGAUUUUCUAUCAGUCUCCAGCACCCAGAGAGAAGGGACGGAGCUGAAGGGGGUUUACAUCUAAUUUAGAUAUUCAGCGGGAAAGGGGGGAGUCAGUGGGGUUUGGUUCAUAUUGGGUUAUCAGAGAGAAAAGCGCAAAGUCUAAGGGAAUCUUUCACCCACCCCCAGUCACUAGAUGGGGUGUGGUGGGUCCCCGGUCCUGUCAGUAAUGGGGGCAGCAGGGAGCCCAGGACAACGCUGCAUUACUGGGGUGGGGGUGGGGGGGCUGGCAGCGUAAGCUGUGUGCUUGGGCAGCCCCCCGGAGAGAUUCAAAUGCUGCCCAGCUGAUGAGCAGAGUGCCCACAGCUGUCCACCGCUGGGAAGCAUAUUUUUAUACUAGUGGUGCACAUUUGUAUAUUCCUCAAUGCACAUAACUUUUAUUCCACGCAGAGUUGGAAACAAUUAGAGGGAGCCCUGGCUGUAACCCUCUGACCAUAAGGGGGGCAGGGCAGGGAACAGAGCUAUGUAGGGUGGGUUCUGGGGGCUUGGUUCACACUGCUGAAUUUGUGUGAUAUACCACAACUCACAUCACCCUAAUUAUGUCAGUGCUGAGCCUACAGCCAGGGCUGUCCCUUCAAAGAGGGUGGGUGCACGGGGCCCAGGGCAGCCCUGCCCCCAGUGCAGCGAUAUCUUUUCAGCCAGGUUGAGCACAGACUUUCAUUUCUGCAUUCCCACAGUAAUCACCGACAUUGCAAUUAGUGUUAAUACGAUUUGUGAUUUAACAUCAGGCAGGUUGAUGACAAUGAGCAAAGCCCCGCUACAUCAGCUGAACAGGUAACACACCAAGCAAAGCAGGAGCAAACUGUAUUUAUUUCCAUGGACAGAUCCAGGGUCCCUCCUAGCUCACUGGAAGGGUCAAAGUCCUUCAGAUCCUGCCUAGGUGAAUAAAGAGGAGAGCAGCACUGGCUUCUGGGUGUCUGUAAGUGCCAAGGCCUUUCAUUAGGUCGCUGGGUGCUUGUCUGGGGGCUUUCCCGGGGCUGUGACUCCUGUGUUGCUGUUUAUUUGAAUUUCCCUCCGCUGAGUGUGAUUGGCUCUGGGUUGUACAAUUUCCUUUACAAAAAAAAAAAAAAAAGCAGCUUGAACAGGCUGUGCUGCUCCCUCUGCUCGGGAAACGAAACUAACUUGCGGGGCUGGUGCCUAUGUGCAGAGGAGCCAUGGCUGCUGGGGAUCUUACCGGGAGCUUCCAGGACGAGGCAAUGUGUCCCAUCUGCCUGGAGUAUUUCACAGACCCGGUGUCUAUUGAGUGUGGGCACAACUUCUGCCGGGCCUGCCUCAGUCGGUGCUGGGGGGAGUCGGAGCCCAACUUCUCCUGCCCCCAGUGCAGAGAGACCAUCCCACACAGAGACACCCGCGGCCACUACCAGCUGGGGAACCUCAUGGAACUGGUGAAACGCCUGCAGCUCCCAGCGGGGCCAGUGCCCGAGGGGCAACCAGAGUGCGAGAGGCACCAGGAGGCCCUGAAGCUCUUCUGCCAAGAGGAUCAAGCCCCCAUCUGUGUGGUGUGCGACAUGCCCAUCGAGGAGGCUGCCCAGGAGUACAAGGAGAAACUCCAGGGGGCCCUGGGCCCACUCAGGAAGCAGCUGGAGGAGGCCCAGGCACUGACGUCUAAAGAGGAGAAUAAAACCACAGAGUGGCAGCAGCUGCUUCUGCAGAGGCUGGCGGAGGAGGAGCGGGAGACUCUGCAGAGGCUCCAGGAAAAUGUCACCAAACUCUCCCAGCAAAGUGCCUCCCUGCAGCAGCUGAUCGCAGAGAUGGAGGGGAAGUGUCAGCAGCCAGUUCUCGAGUUGCUGAAGGACGUGAAAAGCACGUUGAGCAGGAGUGAAAACAUGAAACUCCAGGAACCAGAAGCCGUUUGCACCGACCUGCAGCGCGGGUAUAAAAUUUGUCUUGAUCUGAGGGAAGCUCUGAACAGAUUUGCAGUGGACGUGAUGCUGGAUCCAGACACGGCAAAUCGCUACCUUGUCCUGUCUGAGGAUCGGAAAAGUGUGAGAGACAGAGACACGCGCCAGGAUCUGCCCGACACCCCGGAGAGAUUUGAGAACUUUCCCAUUGUCCUGGGUGCCGAGGGGUUCGCGGGCGGGAGGCGUUACUGGGAGGUGGAGGUGGGGGACAAGCCGAGAUGGACUCUGGGGGUUUGCAGGGAAUCUGUGAACAGGAAGGGGAAGAGCGCACUCACACCUGGGAACGGAUACUGGGUCGUGUGGCUGAGGGACGGGGGAUACGAGGCCUGCACCUCCCCCUCCAACCCCCUCUCCGUGAGCGUCAGGCCCAGCCGGGUGGGGGUUUUCCUGGACUAUGAGGCGGGCGAGGUCUCGUUUUACAAUGUGACUGACGGGUCCCAUCUCUUCACCUUCACUGACACCUUCUUUGGGAUGCUCCGCCCAUAUUUCAAUCCCUGUCUCAAUGCUGGGGGCACCAACGCGGCUCCUUUGACCAUCUGCCCAGUGCCGGCCCAGGCAGGAGGGAAUCCCUGCCCCUGACAGUGACCCUGCGGCACUGACUGGCCCCUCCCAGCGCUGCGGCUCUUCCCCCAGGCAGGAGCCAGUUACUGCAGGUACCUGGAUGUUUUGUGCUAACUGGUCACUGCCCCUUUCCCUUUGCAACUGGAGCCUCCAGUGGAAAACAGGACGCCUGGCAGCCCAGCCCAGGCAGGGUGAAUGGGACCCCCUGUCUGGAAAGAACCCAGGCUGCCUUUCCCCCCACCCUGGUUUGCUCCACCCCAGCACAGGGUGAAACUGGUACGAAACACAGCCAGACAGUGGGUGGGGUUUGCUGCCCUCACCUUGCCCCAUCUCUUGCCCCAGAUGAGGGGGGAGAGGACUUUCACUCCUGUCAGAGUUUUCUACUGCUGUGAAAUUUCAGUUUCAAAUAUGAAAUUUAGAAACUGGUGUUAUUGUAACAAGGUGUCAGCACAAGAACAUUUUCCUUUACAUCUCAAUAGCUUUUUAUUAAAAAUCUAUUUUUAGAAAUGGAAUUUUUGUCCUUUUUCUUCCUUUACAUCUAUAUCGAUAUUUCACUUGUUUACAGGGCAUUGUGUGUAUUUCAGCUGUGGCACUUCAAGCAAUCCAAAACCUUUCUCCGAACCCAAUUCAUUAUGGCAUUGUCAGAUUGUUCAGUGACAAUGUCCAUGUGUCGUAUCCAGCGCAGCCACACACGUGUGCGGCUGCUCCCUUGUUCUCUUGCCUUGACUAGCUCUCUCUAGAAAGCAGGGCUCAUACACCCCAUACUGCGCUGCACCUUCGAACAUUCACACAUGAAAAAUCCAAAGAAUUAAUUAACCAAUCUCAUUAGAUCCAUGCGAUUUGUAAUAUUCUUUGAACUUCUGGCUGCAUUAAUUCCUGCGAUUUUCAACUGUCUAGCUGUAGAUCAUUGGUAAUCAAGAUAUGGCCCCUCCUUGCCUGCUCCUGCAUCAAUUAACACCACUCAGUCCCCAACCUCACAUCCGGUCUUCCUCUCCAUAGAAAUUUCUGCUCCUCCAUUGCACCCCAUCCCCUGCCCCUUUGCACUCCUCCCCAUUGCACCCCAUCCUUUCCCUCAUUACAUCCCUCCUCCAUUACACCCCAUCCCCUCCCCUCAGAGAUGGGCCUGCGGGCUGUAUUUUGCCCAGGCCUGCCUUAGUGUGGUGGUGAGUUGUGUGGUGCAUUACACCACAGCAACAGUUAGGAGGAGCCCCCUCCCAUGGCCUCCCCAGGGUUUAUGAAAAUCGGCUUCUGAAUAUGAACAUACAUAACCCAAAGAUGCUUUGUAUUCAGUGCCUCCCGUAACAGAUUGAUCUGACACUUACGACCUGCGGAAUCAGAGUGUUCUCUGUGUGUGAUUGUAUCAUUCUUGAAUGCGAAGCUAGACACAUGAAAUGUGAAUCUGGUUUUAAUUCUGAAUGUGCUAAGGAAGGAAGGAAGAGGGGAGAAGAAAGAAUUGGGUUCUUCCCAUGUGCUUUUUUCCCCAGAGUCUCUAGGGGUGCAGGAGGUGCAGAGGUAAAAAAACAAACCUCUUGCAUGAAUUUUGUUCCAGCUCAAGGUGGGCAAUCGAGGAGAAAGUUACUCAGAUUCACCUUGGUUUUU